CUCUCAGAGCUGCAUAGAAUGGGAGAAUCAUAAAGGAAAGUGUAAUGUUUACUAUGUCUUACACGUUUUUCUCCCUGUUUAUGUCGGUGACUUCCUCCUAAUGUUUCCCUCUGUUUUAGAGUAUUACAGUGAGUGUGUACCUACACACAAUGCAUACCUGUAUGUGUUUCUGUGUGAGUAUGGCUGUGUGUUUUUGUCUGUGAAUGUGUACCCAUAUGGUUACAGGUAUGUGUGUCUGAGCUUUCACCUCUAUCAGGGUUAAUUACUAAAGUGAGAAUUAAAGGUGAAUUUCAAAUUGAAGGCCAGAGUAGCCGAGCUGAAAGCGCAGCUAACUUAGAGAAUGUUUCCAGUUUGGUUAUUAUGAACGUAACAAAGUCAAACUGUUCUAAAAGGCCAGGGUACUGGUGACACCACAACAACUACAAUAAACUGUAGUGGUGUUGGUGCUUGGAGUCUUUAUUUAGAUUGGCAAAAAAUGUCCAUAUCAUGUCACAUAUCACACCAUAAUCUCUAUUGCGCUCUGUAGUGGUUAUGGUGCCUAGACUACACCUUAAAUGUAUCUGUAGGGUCUUCACAAAAAUAUAUUAUUUACAUAUGUCUCUUUUAAUCUUCAAACACAGUUCUUGCAGACCAUAUAUCUUGGCCAUUAAACUAUAUCUCUUGCUCAAGGACCAGAACCCUUUGUCAGAACUUUGGAGUUACCCUGUGCUGAUGAACAUGGACUGGAAUGAGAUUUCUGAGAAGAUCUUGGAUCUCACCCUAAGGAUCAUCUGUUUAAUUACUGGAGAGGACCAGGUGGUUGCAAAAAAACUCUGUGAGUGUGUUAAUCACAACAGCAGUCACAACGUGACCAUAGGAUCCUAUAGAACCCAGAGCCCCAGCAAGGUGAAUCCACGUUCCUCACUGAUAUGUGAGAGAAAGAAUAACAAGAAGAUCCUAGAACUGACCAAUCAGAUCAUCCACCUGCUGACUGGAGAGGUUCCUAUAAGGUGUGAGGAUGUCACUGUCUAUUUCUCCAUGGAGGAGUGGGAGUAUCUGGAAGGACACAAGGAUCUCUAUAAGGACGUGAUGAUGGAGAGCCACCAGACCCUCAGCUCACCAGAUAAACCUUCACCAACUGAAUAUCACACUCCCGAUUGUGUGCCCGAUUUUGGAAACAAUGAGGAAAGUGUAAAGAAACCCAGUAAUGGUGCCAACUAUGUGCUAACUAGCAAAGUGAGGAAAAUGCAAAUAAAAAAUGUGCCGUACAUAUCAGAAGAGUCUCCACUGUGUAUAGAGGAAAAUCACAGACACAUGGACAUUUACAAACUUCAAUCUUCUGAUAUUAAUAAGGAAUCGGCAUUACAUGAAGAAGGAAAUCUCGCAGAGUUUGACAUCCAUGCAUGCACAGAUAAUACACAGACAGAAUAUUCAUCUAUUCUUAUUAAGGAGGAAUCAGCCACGUAUGAAGAAGGGAAUCGCCCAGGAGUCGACAUUUAUAAAUCCAGUCACAAUUCUACUCUUGCAGAUAAUGAAGAUAAUAGAACUUGUUCAAACAUACAUUCUAUCAAGCCUUGUAUUGAAUUAAAUACACCAUAUCAUAUUGAUGGUAAUGCUACUCAGAGCAAAGACAACAUAGAGGAAAUAUUCCCGAUUUCUGAUUGUCCACAAGGCUUCAGUAGUGACACGCAGGAUGUUAAGCAUCAGCCAACUCAUACAGGUAAAUACGUAUUAUCCACGCCAGACCUUGGUAUACAUGAGAUGAAUCCCACAGGAGAAAAUCAGAUAUCAUCUUCUCAAUCUGGGUCAGAUUUUAUUCAGGUGUCAAAUCUUGUAAGACAGGAAAUAGAUUGGACUGAACGGAAACCAUUUAAAUGCUCUGAAUGUGGGAAAUAUUUUACCCAGGCUGCACUGCUCGCGUCACAUAAAAUGGUUCAUAAUAAGGAAAAACCAUACAAAUGUACUGAAUGUUCGAAGACUUUUAAAAGAAAGACUCAUCUGGCUAGUCAUCAGAAAAUUCACACAGGAGAAAAGCCAUUUAAAUGCACUGAAUGUGACAAAUGUUUUGCCUUAAAGCAUCAUCUUAUUAGUCAUCACAUGAUUCACACUGGAAAAAAGCCUUUUAAAUGCUCUGAAUGUGGGAAAGGUUUUACCCAUGCCACAAAUCUUACAUCACAUAAAUUGAUUCACACAGGAGAAAAGCCAUUUUCAUGCUCCGAAUGUGGGAAACGGUUUAGCUUAAAGCAUGUUCUUAGUAGGCACCACAGAGUUCACACAGGAGAGAAACCAUAUAGGUGCCUUGAAUGCGGGAAAAGUUUUGCCCGUCUAUCAAGUCUUGUUUCACAUAAAAGGACUCACACAGGAGACAGGCCUCUUAAAUGCUCUUAAC